GUAAAGAAAGCUUACCGGUUUAACGAAAAGCAACGAGAGUAUCUGACUGCUAGAUUUACCAUCGGACAAGAAAGCGGCAAGAAGGUCGACGCGGAAAUUGUUGCAACAGAAAUGAGAAGAGCAAAGGGAUUGAACGGGGAGCGCUUGUUCAGUGUCUCUGAGUUUUUGACAACUCAACAAGUAGCUUCAUUUUUUUCAAGAAUGGCAGCAAAAGAGAAACAACAGACGGCCCCCUGCGCACAAGCUGUAACUGAGCAAGAUCUGUUUGCUAUGGAGGAAGAAUUUAAUUUAUCAAAUGCUAAGGAGUCUGUUUUUGAGCAGUUAAAUGUAACUCAUCCUAUUCAUUACCAACAGUACAACAUCUGUUCCAUGGUCAAGAAUAGCACCCUCAAAAAUCUCAAACUUGCAGUCUUAAAACUCCUUUGCGAGAGUUUCAAUCUUGCAUUACUAUCUGGGGUUGAUCAGAGAAAAAAGACCUCU